ACAUAAGGAGCUACACGGUUUUUAUAUCACAGUCUUCUGUACUUGGCUGAGGAUUUCCAGUGUGAUGGAGGGCUUGCUCCAUCCCGGGUAUCUCUGGAGGGAAACAAGAAUGGCUGUCCAACGCUCCUCACCCAGCACCCCGUCUAGCAAUGCUGAGCAUGGCCAGGCUGGCAGACCACUCAGUACAGCGUGUGCUGCCUCAGACAACCAGACUGUCCACCUUCUGCUGAGUGUGCACAUCUGUAGUUGGGAGCGAUGCCCCUCGGGUGCUCCUCCCCCUCCUCCUGCACCUGCCGCCAGGCAAAUCAACGUUCUCCAUUAGCAACCAUCCCCACUGCCGCCAUCCCAUCACCAAAGCUAUUUAUCACCUCUCACCUCUAAAGCUUUUUCUACAGGAUCUUUGCACUGCCCGCAGGAAUCUGAGGCUCAGAAAAGGACUGUAUCUGGUUCAAGUUUCCAUGUUAGCAGAAAGUGAGUCCAUCUUCUAGCAGUUUCAUGUGACUUUCCUCAAACUGAUCACCAACUAAACAAAAUAACCCUCCUCAAACAUUUAAAGGAACAUGGCUAAAGGUGGCAAACGCCCCAAAGGCAAGAAGAUCACCCUCAAUGUGGCCAAGAAUUGUAUCAAAAUCACAUUUGAUGGGAGAAAACGCCUUGAUUUGAGUAAGAUGGGAAUUACCACCUUUCCCAAGUGUAUUUUGCGAUUCAGUGACAUAGAUGAGCUGGAUCUUAGCCGGAAUAUGAUCAGGAAGAUCCCUGACUCAAUCUCCAAGUUCCAGAACCUGCGGUGGCUGGACCUGCACAGCAACUACAUUGACAAGCUCCCUGAGUCCAUUGGCCAGAUGACCACCCUGCUCUACCUCAACGUCAGUAACAACAGGCUGACCACCAGUGGGCUCCCUGUGGAGCUCAAUCAGCUCAAGAACAUCCGCACCAUUAACUUAGGCUUAAACCACCUGGACAGCGUGCCCACUACGCUGGGCGCCCUGAAGGAGCUCCACGAGGUGGGCCUCCAUGACAACCUGCUCAGCAACAUCCCCAAAAGUAUCUCCAAGCUCCCCAAGCUGAAGAAGCUCAACACGAAGCGAAACCCCUUUCCAAAGGCAGAAGAGUCAGACACAUUCAUAGAUUCCAUCAAGAGGCUGGACAACCUCUACCUGGUGGAGGAGAAGGACCUGUGUGGGCCUUGCCUGAGAAAAUGCCAACAGGCCCGGGACAAGCUGAACAGAAUCAAGGGCAUGGCCAUGCCAACGCCGAGAAAGGCCAACUUUUCCAGUUUGAUCUCACCCAACUCCAUAGCCAAGGAGUCCCAGAAAGAUUGGAGGAUACGCUCACCAUCCCUAGGGCACUGUAUGGCAAAAAUGUGAAGACUAAUCAGCUAACAAGAAAAAACACCUCUGAAGAAGAAAACCUCUCAGUUAGGAGAAGAGAGUGGCAAGGAGAAUAUUCUGGAAGUCAGGAGCUCUGGUGCUGGCCAAGCCACUGACUUGCUUCUUAAAUUCACUUUGCCUCUCUUUUUGCUUUAGACCAUCUGUGUGUGAAAUGACUUUGGGAAGAUGUUUGGUGUGUCUUUUUUUUAAUGUAUAUGAAGAAAUGAUAGAUAUAAAUUAUAGAUGAAGUCAAGAUUUAAAAUAAGACUCUAAGAUUUUAAAGACUUCCAGUCUCUACACUUCACUCAAACUGGCAAAAUCUUAAUACCAGUCACCUGUGAUAAGUUAGGUAUGUAUAAUUCACUAUCUUGGGCAACUAAAAGUUAUGUAAAAAAUGCAAAGAAAUAUGCUCAGAAGUGCUACAGAUAAAUCAAAAUGGAAUUUUAAUGAAUCUUUCAGUAGUGGUAGUCAGGAAAAAGAUAACAGAGAAAUGAACAACAGGGAAAAAAUAGGAAACAAAUAGGCAGACUUUUGUCCUAAUGUUUUAAUAAUGUAAAUAAUCUUCUUCAUAUGGCCCUAAACAAAUAACAACCAUACUUGCCUCAAUAGGCAAAUGGUUGAUGGUUAAACAAGCCCUGGUCCAUCCAUAUCAUGGAGUACAACUCAGAAAUUGAAAGGAACAUACUAUUAAUAUGUGCAAUAAGUUGGAUGGAUCUUAGUGACAUUAUUCUGAGUAAAAAAGGCCAGUCUCCAAAAGUCACAUAUUCUAUGAUGCCAUUUAUAGAACAUGAUCUAAAUGACAAAAUGAUAGAGAUGAAAAACAGAUCAGUGGCUGCCAGGAUUCACGGUUGCUGAGGGGCGAUAGAGGACAGGCAUGACCAGAAAGCCGUAGCACAAGAGAUGCAUUUGUGCUGAUAAAAACAACUGCGCAUGUGGAUAGGGGUGGUGGUUACAUGAAUGUACACAUAUGAUAAAAUGACGCAGCUCUAUGCAGACAUGCUGGACCAAUGCCAGUGUCCUAGUUUUGAAAUUGUCCAAUAGUUACCUCAUAUGUAACUGUUGGAGGAAAUUAAGAGAAGGCUGCCUGGGUUCUCUGUGUAUUAUUUUUAUAACUUUCUAUGAAUCUGUAUUCAUUUAAAACAAUCUUACAGCCUAGAUGGAGCAAUAAACAGAUCCUUGUAUACCUGCCAAGUGCUAAUUUAUGAGUAACUGAGGCAAGCUUGAAGUUCCUCAACCAUUCUGAACAGUUAAGGCAUUUCAGGAGAAACAGCAUCUUAACCUCAGUUUACCAGACUCAUC